GAGUGCCUACAUAUAUUAACUUCCACAGAGGAGAAAGGAGAGUCAAGCUAUGGGGGCUGGCGAGAAGAGAUUAGUAAGCUGUAAUGAAGUUUCUUUACACAACACACCCAAAGAUUGCUGGGUAAUCAUCAAUGCUAAGGCUUACAACGUUACAAACUUCCUUAAUGAACAUCCUGGUGGUGAGGAUGUCUUGUUGGCAGCGGCAGGUAAGGAUGCCAGCGAAGAAUUUGAGGAUGCCGGGCAUGGCAGUGCUGCAAGAUUAAUGCUCGAUGAGUUCUACGUCGGAGAGGUGGAUACCGCUACCAUCGCCGCCGUUGCCGCCGCUUACAUCCCGCCGGAGCAGCCUAAAGAUGGUGAUCCCGGCGAGUCAUCGCCGCGGAUAAUUAAUGUCGACCUCCUCCGGUUUCUACUUCCCCUAACGGUCUUAGGUUUGGGCGUUGCACUUCUGGCACUAACCAAAUCGGUGGCAAUCUAGGCUGGUUUAUUGUCGAUUAAGGUCACAAAACGACGUUAUUUAAUGCACACUUCUGAUAGUGGUUACGCGUUUCUCUUUGUUAUCUGAACAAAAUAUGAAAUUCUACUUAAAAUAUGAUUAAGGUUCUUAUGUAAUUUACAUGUAUCAAAGUUAUUGUCUUAUUUAAGGAUAUGCCAUGUUAAAUAAUAGGGAUGGGUCAACUCGGUUCAGUUUCGA